ACUAAUAAGGGAUGAGAUGCGUCCUGUUAAGAAACAUCACAUGUUUUUGCGUACAGCGGCCCCCAAAUUAAAUUAUUUAACAUCAGGACAAGCAGGCGGGAAGUAUUGAGAGAGCUGGACGAGCAGAGAGAGGGACACGCUCUGUCUGGCGCUGAACACAUUAUUAAUAUUAGAUAUAUUCUUUAAGGUGGAUAGGCAUCUACUGAACAGUGGAAAUGGAAGCCCUGCGAUACGUUUUUCUCCUGAUUUGUGCCUGCUUUAUUUGUCAAGCUGAUGGACGCAAAACAUACGGUGACAUGUUCCCCCACAAGCAUGUAAUGCCUGGGAAGUCACCAUAUCCGAUUCCACCAAUCCCUGGCUGGGAUCCAGACACCAACCCAUGGGAUGACUACCUCUACCCUCCACUAAACCCAAAGCCAAAAGAACUCAUGCACCACAAAGGUAAACCCAAGGUUCAUCUGACCAGCGACAGUCCGGCUCUCAAUGGCUCUAACAUCUCCUUCACCGCGAAGCUGGAGUACCCUCCAUGCCAGAAGGAAGAUGCCAACGGGGACAUUGUUUGGGAUGAGCACUGUGAGGACGGUACGGAGCUCGAGGCCUCAGCCAACGGACAAGUGCGUUCUGGCGACGUGUACAACUUGUACAACGACUAUGGCUUUGGAAAGUGUACGGACAUGAAAAAAUGCAACGUGUUCCCCGAUGGGAAGCCCUUCCCUCAGAGCAGCGACUGGAGCCGCAAGAGCUACGUUUACGUGUGGCACGCAAUGGGCCAGUAUUUUGAGACAUGCGACGGUUCCUCCUCCAGUUUGACCAUCAACACCACCAACAUCCCUCUGGGUGCAGAGGUCAUAGAGGUCAUGGUCUACAAGAAACGUGAGCGCAGGAAGUAUAGCCCCCUCACCACUGACAACACCAUCUUCUACGUCACAGAUAAGAUCCCAGUUGCAGUUAGCAUCUCCCAGAAGGCUGCGGUCAACCAGUCUGAGAAUGUUUUCUUUCGUGGUGAGGACGUGGUUUUCAAAGUCCAGCUCCAUGACCCCAGCGGUUACCUCAAAACCGCAGCCGCCAUUGACUACAUCUGGGACUUCCGAGAUGGCAACCAGCUGGUGACACACCGCAACGUGACCACACACGCCUACAGCACGCUGGGGAGCAUGAACGUGAAGCUGGUAGUAGAGGCAGCGUUCCCUGUGCAGUGUCCGCCCACCUCUGCCACCCCGACUCAGUGGAGCGCCACAUCAUCAGCCCCCACAGAGGCUCCCACACCUCCACUUCCUGGUACUCAUUCCAUGACCGUCAAGAUGGAGACAACCCAGGUGCCACCCAGCACCAGCCAGCCCCUUCCAUCCUCCUCCUCCUCUCCUACUGCCGUGACAACAGGCCUGCCCACCACGGAGCCCCUCUCCCCUACUGUUGCCAAUGCGACCCCAGGGUCGAACCCCACAACCCUGGCCUGGCUCCGCACCAGAAACCUCAACGGCAACGAGUGCUACCGCUACGCCUUUGGGACCUUCAUGGGAAACAUCACCAUUGUUGAGCCCAAGCACAAACUGACCAGCCAGUCGAACAGUCGCAUUGAGGAUGUGUCAGUUGCCAGAGUGACCAACACUGACAUCAACUUCCUGGUGAAAUGUAUGGGCAACAUCCCCACUUCAGCCUGUACCAUCGUGUCAGACCCCACCUGUACACAGGUGCGCAGCAUUGUGUGCGAUGACGUGCCGCCAUCGUCAGAGUGUGAAGUCCAUCUCAGGCGAACUUUUCCGGAGCCAGGCACCUACUGCAUCAACAUCACCCUGGAAAACUCCAGGAGCCUGACCAGAACCAGCACCACUGUCACCAUCAACAAGUCCCAGGAUACACCUGUGUCCAUGACUUCACACACUGUGGAGGUGGUGCUGUCCUCGACCGCUGUGUUGGUGGCCAUCUUUGCAUUCGUUGCCUAUCUGGUCUGCAAGCGUUACAAGGUGUACCGUCCCAUUCGUAAGUCCCUAUUGGAGGAUGCCAGCGGCGGCCAUGCUGGGGCCGGGGGACGCAUGGUCCGUUUGAGGGAGGCACUCUUCCCCGCCAGCGAGGAGAGCCAUUACCUGCUGACAGAGAGACGCCCUGUGUAGUAGGCCUGCCUAGUCAUUGGAUGAGGUAGUUGCUAGGAGAUGAAUUAGGCUCAAGUCAUGGCUGUUUUCUGAUCAAAAGAACCGUUUUAUUGCAAAUGUUGUACCAAAUGCUUCUUUACAAUAGUUAUCAUUUGUGAUAUUAAUCAGUUUAGUAUGAAGUCCAUGAGGUUAGCCAAUAUAAAAUGUAUACUAGUGACAUUGCAUGCUUUUCCUUAGUUCAAUUAAUUAAUAAAUGAUUAUCAUUUUUAAACAAAAGAAUUCCACUGAAAACUUGGACUAUAAUAAAAGGUUUUGAACUACUCAUCUUCAAGA